UUGCUCUGCCUUAUAGUUCCCGCAUGGCUUCAAGCUGUUCCUCAGUACCUUAUGCCCCACUAUUCUCGACUCAUAGUCCUCUCCGCUCUUUGCGCUACUGCUCUCGCCGUAGAGAAUAGUACGACACAUACUACGGACGCUGACCUUGGGCCCCGUGUCAUCGGUGGUUAUAUCCCCAAGAAAGGACCUUCACUUGUUGCUCUUGUUCUCUAUGGGAUCUCUGCUUUGGUUCAAUGGAUUCAGUACUUUACUGUGACACCGCGCCGACCGUUUAUUCUAUGGCUCACCUGCGGGAUGACUGCCAUGGCCCUUGGUUUCGUUCUUCGUAUCAUUUUUGCCAACGAGCCAAGCUCAAUGGGACGGUACAUUGCUAUGGAUUUAUUCAUCCUGCUUUCACCAUGUCUCUUCCUUGCGACCGACUACAUGAUUCUUUCCCAUCUGGUUAGAAUAUUCGACGAAGAAAUAGCAGAGAAAUGCAUGCUCAUUCGCCCCACUCUGAUCGUGCGGCUCUUCGUCUGGAGCGACGUAUCGACGUUCCUUCUGCAAAGCACGGGCGGCGGACUGACCGCGAUGAAAGACGUAAAUUUGGCAAACAUCGGCAACAAGAUCGCUGAAGUCGGCAUCAUCUUACAAGCAGUUUCAUUUCUGCUCUUCACUAUCGUUUUCGUCGUAUUCGGUAUAAGGAUUCAAAAGCACUUCCCCGAAGUCUGGCGUCCCCGAGUUCAAGAGCCCUUCCGUCUGUUCUCUCGUGAACCAAUAGAAGACUGGCGAAUUCUCUUCUACGUUACAUCGUUGACUUGCAUCGGCAUCCUCAUUCGCUCUGUUUUCCGCAUAGUCGAAUUUGUUGGUGGUUAUAACGGAAUGGUUUUCACCCAUGAAGGGUAUUUCUACGUGCUCGAUGCCCUGCCACUCUGGAUCGCAAUGACCCUCUACUGCUUUGUGUGGCCGAUUCGUGUCUUCAACCACACACCCGUAGCUUCUUUCGAGCUGAAGAAAUCUAGUCCGUAUUAA